UCGACACCACUCCGGGAGAAGUUCACUCUCGAGUCUGACUUCCGAAUCGACAAGUGCUCUCUGCUCUGCGUUACGACUUCUUCCAGUUAUCCAGAUUCCUUGAUCUCACGUCCUACCUUAUCUACAGCAGCAUGUCUGUGACCGCAGCCGCUGGCCUGAUGUACCCCUACCCCGUCCCGAUGUACCCGCCGGCCGCCCCGUGGCCAGUCUUUCCCUCCUGCUACGUCCCGACCGUCCCAAGCCAUAGCUCUCCUAGCCGAUUGGCAGCCUCUGCUCUGCUCACCCUCGGCGAGACCCCCGCCAUCCAGCCGACGAAGACGGUCCCCAAUCCGCCGGGCCGUCGCUCCAGUGGCUUCAGCUUCGCCUCUCUCCCCAGCGACAUCGCCCGCGAGACGGAGGCGAAAGAGGCGGAGGUCAGGCGGCUGUCAGUCAGUCCCAUCCCCGUUAGAUCAUCACCGUACCCUGUCUCGCCGUCCUUCGGGAGAACCAGCCCGCCCCUCCCGUACAGCGUCGACCUCCUGUCCGGUGUGCAGUUCCCCGUCGGCGUCGACGCGCCGAGAACCUCCAGCCCAGUCCUCAGACCGGUGUCUCCGACCGAGAACACGCGGGAGGAAUCCCAGGCCAAGUUCCCAUGCGGGCAGUGCGGGAAGGUCUACUCCCGCCGCAGCACCCUCAACGCUCACCUCCGCACCCACGACGGACAGAAGCCGUUCGAGUGCAAGGACUGCGGCAAGACCUUCACCCAGGCUGCAAACCUCACGGCCCACCAGCGCAUCCACACGGGAGACCGACCCUACAAGUGCCCGAUCUGCAACCGUGGGUUCUCCCAGAGCUCCUCGGUGACCACGCAUCUCCGUACGCACAGCGGGGAGAAGCCGUACCGUUGCACGGUCUGCCCCCGUGCCUUCGCCGACGCCUCGACCCUCACCAAGCACGUCCGGACCCACACCAACGAGAAGCCGUACCAGUGUAGCGAGUGCGGACAGAGCUUCACCCAGUCAGGAAACCUGAAGAGGCACCUCAAGGUGCACGCCAAGAGGAAGAUCGCUUCCUAGACUCAACUUCAGAGACAUUUCACAAACUAUGAACUUGCUUUUGCAUCGAUCUAAACUAUGUAUGAUACUAAAUGUAGUAUUCAUUGUUGAUACAAGUUCAUUCUUCAUAUGUAUAAUGUGCUUUUUUUUUAUAACGUAUUGACUGUUCCUUCGGAAGAGUGGAACUUUUUGUGUGUUUCAUCUUGUAAGUGCUGGAUAAAACUAUGUUCAUAGAGUUUAUCUUUCAUAUGUAGUACCUUUUUAUAAUCUAUUGACUGUUCCUUUUCGUAAACCGAAGAGAGGAACUUGAUAGUGUUUCAUCUUGAAAGUUGAUAAAACAUAAAAUUUGUUAUUUGAAAGAACUCACUUUGAGUUCAACAAGUUUCAACAUGUUCUAAUACUUCUAUUGUAAAUAUUUUCGCGUGCCGGUCUCGCCUCUGAUGCCAUACACUGUUGAACAGUCGAACAAAGGAAAAAGAUUAUUCUGUGAUCCCGAUUUACAUUUGUAUAUAAUCUGUGAAAGAAGUCUAGCGUCUUUAAACGACCAACAAUCGCAUAUACCUGCGAAUUGCUGCGACUUUACGAUGUGUGUUUGUUUGACAUUGAUUGUUGAAUAAACUGUUGUCUGACAAUGGA